AUGAGCCCUAAAGCUAAACUCUGCCGUCACGCCCUUCCUUCCUCCACCUUCCCACCGACAACAGACCGCAACAGCAGCAACACUGCACCGCGCUUCUUCUUGCGCGCUCCGCAACUAAUUUGCCCCCAAGACACUUCCAAGCUCGAGGUGGGAAAUUUGGCACCCUUUGUUGUCAAACUCCAACUUGCUCACUUCUUCGUCACCACCGACACCACCGCUCCCCACCCCGCUCCGUCACGCGCCAAAACACCAAGAACGGUAGAAAUACCGAGCCGUCGCGCCAUCAGCGGUAGUGUCAUCCUCCUCGACACCGACAUCGACCUCCCAUCUUCCCCGACACGAGCGUUCUCGUGA